AUGAAGCUCACCAUUGUUGCCUCCAUGCUCGCCCUCGUGGCCCCCAUCGCCGCCGGCCCGGCCGCCCAGACCCCCAACAACUUCUUCGACCUGGAGAAGCGCGCCUCCCUGCCCGUCCCCGCCUCCAAGGGCAGCGUCACCUACAAGUCGCCCAAGGCCAUCUCCGGCACCUUCGACGGUGGCUUCAAGACCUACGGCCGCGGCGUCUCCUGCACCGGCCAGAAGGAGGGCGGCAACUCCGACGCCGUCUUCAUCCUCGAGAACGGCGCCACCCUCAAGAACGCCAUCAUCGGCAAGGACCAGAUCGAGGGUGUCCACUGCAAGGGCUCCUGCACCAUCGAGAACGUCUGGUGGGUUGACGUCUGCGAGGACGCCCUCACCCUCAAGGGCGACGGCAACGCUCUCGUCAAGGGCGGCGGCGCCCAGUCCGCCGACGACAAGGUGAUCCAGCACAACGGCAAGGGCACCGUGACCAUCGACGGCUUCACCGUCAUGGACUUUGGCAAGCUGUACCGCGCCUGCGGCAACUGCAAGAAGAGCGCCGAGCGCCACGUCGUCGUCAAGAACGUCAAGGCCUACAACGGCAAGCUCCUCACCGGCAUCAACCCCAACUUUGGCGACUCGGCCACCAUCUCGGGCACCUGCGCCACCUCGGUCAAGGCCGUCUGCGAGGAGUUCAAGGGCACCACCCCCGGCAACGAGCCCAAGUCCGUCUCCAAGGGCCCCUCCAACAACUGCAAGUACACCACCGUCAAGUCUUGCUAA